AUGGGUCUUCUCGUGAAUAUCGACUUCAAGCGCCUGAAUCACCUUUCACUAGGCUUCUCCUCGACUCAAACCGCCACCACCAUGGCCUCUCGCCGCUCCCCGCCCUCAGCAUUGUCGCUUUCCCUUUCCCCCGCUGCGCUGCUCGUUCUAGGCCUGGCUCUUCUCGGCCUAUCCUGGCCGUCCAUCGCCGCGUCGUCCCGGCGCGUGCUGCUGCAGGCCGGCGGCGCGGCAUCGGACCGCGCGGCGGCGUUCGGGAGCCGCGUGAUCUUUAACUCGAUGCAGAACGUGGGCGUGCAGGACGGCGGCGCCAUCUCGCUCACGCUCGACCGCACGGGAGGAGCGGGGUUUGAGUGCAGCGACGCGUACAGCUUUGGCAUGUUCAGUGUGGAGGCCAAGAUGCCUGCCGGCUACUCUGCUGGCGUCUGCGCCACCUACUUUCUGCAGUCAGGGUCAUACGAGCAGCGCAACGAGUGGGACUUUGAGUUCCUGGGCUCGCCCAACACGUCCGUGGGCAUGACGCUGCAGACCAACGCCUUCAUGGGCGGCACGGGCGGCCAGGAGGAGCUCUCUGCGUUUGGCUUCGACCCCGCUGCUGACUUCCACACCUACUCCAUCCAGUGGGGCCCCGACCAGACCGUGUGGCUGGUGGACGGGGAGGUGCGGCGAGUGAUGGGCAGCAGCAACCCUGCGUACCCGCGGGACCCCAUGCGAGUCUACUUCAGCAUCUGGGACGCCUCCACCUGGGCCACUGGGCCCAGGACUGCGCGCAUCCCAGUCGACUACAGCUAUGCUGUGAGCCUCCUUCUAUGCGCCCUUGCAUGUGCCCUUCUGUGUGCUCUUCUCCCUUGUCUGCACUCGUUCUUGCACCUCCACCUGGGCCACUGGCCCAGGCCUACUCGCAUGCCGAUGUACAUAGUGCUGUGCUGUGCUACGCUCUUCUCCCGCCUCUGGGCUGGAUGUGUAGUGGGCAGUUGGUUGCGCGGCAUGUACCAUGAGGUGGGUACUGAUCGGUCCCUCUGUGUGUGCGCUGUGCUGCAUGCAGCCGUUUGUGGUGACGUUCAGGAACUUCAAGUACACCGCAGCUUGACUCGUGCGCGGUGCACUGCGGUGUAG